AUGCAUUACUCUUUAAAUAUUUUAGUCUCAAGUACUCCUCUAUUUACAUUAAUAUUGUCUCGAAGCUUCUUGACACGCCUUCAAUUGUUGCAAGUAAAAAUCACAAACUUGCAUGUUUCCACCAUUAUCUUCCAAACAUCUGGUAAAGUUUCUGGCAUCAGCAUCACAGUGUUUUGUCUGUUCCUGGUAAGUUUGCUGUUGCGCUUGUUCAUAUUGAGCGGGGGGAGCAGAACUUCCUCCAAACAUACCGGUGAUACCAGCACCGAGGGUGUGACCAAUGGUAGAACCAACGGCUACACCGGCCGCAGUAGAAGCCAUUUGUCCGAACAAACCAGGCGACCGCGAGCUGGUUUGAGGUUGUGCAGCGGGAGCUGGAUAGUGAGGAGCCGCAGCAGCGGUAUGAGCAGAUCUCCUUUGCGUGGGAGCUGGGGCGGAUCUUCUUUGUCUAGGCAUUGA